UAUUAAGAAAAAGUGUAAGUUUUGUGAUAAAAUAAAUAUUAUUUAUUUUGUGCCACGAAAUUGUAAUCCAAAAAUUAGAAAAACAGGUGCCUGAAGAAGAUUAAGCUAAAUUAAGUGAAAGAUAUUACGUAAAAAAAAACAAUGUAUAUCACUAUAAUUUUAUUAUUAUCAAUUUUGAUUUUAUUGAUGUAUAACUAUUACGUGCAUUAUGGAAGAAACGGUCGAUUGAUUAAUCUUAUACCAGGAGUACCGACUCAUCCAAUUGUAGGCAAUGCAAUUCAAUUCACUUCAAUUUCUGUAGAAGAACAAUGGAAGUUGCUUUGUACGAUACCUAGUAUGCCUGAGUAUUAUCCCAUUCUCAAAGCCUGGUUUGUGUUCUAUCCCGUUGUAUCUAUUCGUCAUCCAGAUGAUUUAGAGACGAUAUUAAGUGGCACCAAACAUAUUGAGAAAAGUCGUAUGUAUGAGGCGUUACAUCCUUGGCUCGCCACAGGACUUCUUACUAGCGCAGGUGCUAAGUGGCAAUCGCGACGAAAAAUAUUGACACCUGCGUUUCAUUUCAAUAUAUUAAAUCAGUUCGUUGAGAUUUUGAUCAAGGAGGGCGAAUGCAUGACAAAAUCUCUGAAGGAUGUCGAAGGGACAGUUGUAAAAGAUUUAGUACCAUUUAUUAGUGAAUAUACAUUAAAUGCGAUAUGCGAAACUGCCAUGGGCGUUUCUUUGAAAAAUUUGGGCGAGUUUCAGCAACAGUAUCGAAACGCGAUUCACGAUGCAAUUGAAAUACUAGUUUAUAGACUACUAAGACCUUGGAUGCAUUACACUUGGAUAUACAUAUUGUAUACACGUGGAUUUAAACAACAAAGGACCUUGAAAAUAUUGCAUAACUUUACGGAAAAAAUCAUUGCAGAAAGAAAACUUUAUCACGAUCGCACGAAUGAUCAGUACUUGAAAAAUCUUGAAAAUAAUAAAGCGGAGAUUGAUGAUAUAGAAGUAAUUGGAACUAAAAAAAAGCGACUUGCCAUGUUGGAUCUUUUAAUAUUGGAAUCUCGACAAGGUUCUUUGACUGAUUCCGAUAUCAGAGAAGAAAUUGAUACGUUUAUGUUUGAAGGUCAUGAUACUACAGCGAUGGCUAUAACUUUUACUUUAUUACUACUAGCUGAACAUAAAGAUAUUCAGGAACGUGUGAGAGCUGAAGUCAAUACCAUGAUGCAGGAAAACGAAGGAAAACUUACCAUGAAAUCGUUGCAAAAUUUAUUAUAUUUAGAUAGAUGUAUAAAGGAAGCACUGCGUUUGUAUCCGAGUGUGUUUUUAAUAUCACGAGCAGCAGCGGAAGACGUAAAAUUACAUUCAUAUGUUGUACCUGCCGGAACAAUUUUGCAUCUUAAUAUCUGGGGAGUUCACAGAGAUCCUAAUUUCUGGCCAAAUCCAGAUGUAUUUGAUCCGGAUAGGUUUUUGCCUGAGAAAAUCCAGAAACGUCAUCCUUAUUCUUAUCUACCAUUUAGUGCUGGACCGAGAAAUUGCAUCGGUCAACGAUUCGCCAUGCUGGAGUUGAAGGCUAUGAUAGUUCCUUUGGUGCACAAUUUCUACUUCGAACCAGUAGAUAAUAUAAAGGAUAUCCGGCUGAAGGCCGAUAUAAUAAUUCGUCCUUCUCAUCCGGUUCGUGUAAAAUUCGUUCCAAUCGAAGGCAAACAGUCAUUUGAAACUAACACAAAUACCACAUACAAGCACCCAAAAAAUUUUAAUUUAUUACACCUUCUUCAUAACGUUUCGACCUUUGGUUUAGGUCCUUAUCAAAUGAAUAUUUCAAACUCUAUUCAUAGAUCUCUUAGCAACAAUAGACACAUCAGUCAUGUAGACAGGUUUUUUACAAACAGAUACUCACAAUGUCAAAGAUUUUUACAAUUUAAUAAGGACUUGCUAGUAACGAAAGCGGAUAAGUGUCAAACUACGGUUAUUAUGAAUAAAACUGAUUACAUUAGUAAAAUAAUUACAGUUUUAAAUGAUAAAACUACGUAUAGAAGUGUAAAGAAAGUGUAUAACUAUUAUGUGCAUUAUGGAAAAAACGGUCGAUUGAUUAAUCUUAUACCAGGACCACCGAUUGAUCCAAUUAUAGGCAAUGCAAUUCAAUUCCAUGUUUCUGCAGAGGAUCAAUGGAAGUUGCUUUGUACGAUACCUAGUAUGCCUGAGUAUUAUCCCAUUCUCAAAGUUUGGAUUAUGUUCCAUCCCAUUGUAUCCAUUCGCCAUCCAGAUGAUUUAGAGACGAUAUUAAGUGGCACCAAACAUAUUGAGAAAAGUCGUAUGUAUGAGGCGUUACAUCCUUGGCUCGCCACAGGACUUCUUACUAGCACAGGUGCUAAGUGGCAAUCGCGACGAAAGGUAUUGACACCUGCGUUUCAUUUCAAUAUAUUAAAUCAGUUUGUUGAGGUUUUAAUUAAGGAGGGCGAAUGCAUGACAAAAUCUUUGAAGGAUGCCGAAGAAACUGUUGUAAAAGAUUUAGUACCAUUUAUUAGUGAAUAUACAUUAAAUGCGAUAUGCGAAACUGCCAUGGGCGUUUCUUUGAAAAAUUUGGGCGAGUUUCAGCAACAGUAUCGAAACGCGAUUCACGAAAUAAUCGAAUUAGUAGUUCAUAGACUGCUGAGACCUUGGAUUCAUAACUUUUGGAUAUUUUCAUUGUCUUUAUCUGGAUUUAAGCAAAGAAGGAUCUUGAAAAUAUUACAUAAAUUUACAGAAAAAAUCAUCUCAGAAAGAAAACUUUAUCACGACCGCACGAAUGAUCGAUUCUUGAAAAAUCUUGAGAAUAAUAAGGCGGAAAUUGAUGAUAUAGAAGUUUUUGGAAAUAAAAAGAAACGACUUGCCAUGUUGGAUCUUUUAAUAUUAGCAUCUCGACAAGGUUCCUUGACCGAUUCUGAUAUCAAAGAAGAAAUUGAUACAUUUAUGUUUGAAGGUCAUGAUACUACAGCAAUGGGUAUAGUCUUUACCUUAUUACUAUUAGCCGAACAUAAAGAUAUCCAGGAACGUGUGAGGGCUGAAGUUGAUACCGUGAUGCAGAAAAACGGAGGAAAACUUACCAUGAAAUCGUUGCAAAAUUUAUUAUAUUUAGACAGAUGUUUAAAGGAGACACUACGUUUGUACCCGAGUGUGUUUUUAAUAUCACGAACAGCAGCGGAAGAUGUAAAAUUACAUUCAUAUGUUGUGCCUGCCGGAACGAUUUUGCAUCUUAAUAUUUGGGGAGUUCACAGAGAUCCCAAUAUUUGGCCAAAUCCAGAUGUAUUUGAUCCGGAUAGAUUUUUGCCUGAGAAAAUCCAGAAACGUCAUCCUUAUUCUUAUCUACCAUUUAGUGCUGGACCGAGGAAUUGCAUCGGUCAACGAUUCGCCAUGCUGGAGAUGAAGGCUAUGAUAGCUCCUUUGGUGCACAAUUUCUACUUGGAACCAGUAGAUAAUAUAAAGGAUAUCCGGCUAAAGGCUGAUCUAAUAAUUCGCCCUUCACAUCCGGUUCGUGUAAAAUUCGUUCCAAUCGAAGGCAAACAGUCAUUUGAAACUAACACAAAUACCACGUAAAUGUAAGAAAUUGAUGUAUUGUAAAAAUGAAAGAAAAAUCAUUACACAUAUUAUAUGUUCAAUAAAAUAUAUAUUGUAUUUGUAAAUUCAAUCGUGAAAAUAUACAUGUAAGACCAUCCA